UAGGUGAAAAACAAAUCUUCUAAAACGACUUAAUUGAAAUGACCGAUAUAGAUAUCGAAAGCAUUGAGUAUCCACGUUGUCAUCUCUGUUGUGGUGUCGCGUGCGGAUCUUUCUGAAAGAAAACUUCUGGCAAAUAUCGAAAUAACACCCUACAAACUAGCAAAGUAAAGUGAUUCAGCUAGAGUUAUAUUAAAUAGUGAUGCGCUGAGAUAUCUAAAAAACUGUUACCAAAGGAUUGCGUAUUCAUUACAAAAACAAAACAACAACAACAACAACAACCUUUUUAGUAGGCUACUAUAUAUUAGCAUUUAGUCUCUCAAACUGGCUGACGGGAAGAAACAAGAUUCAGAAGCAUGAGUGGCAGAAACCGGUCAGGUGCUUCAGCCAGCCAGGUGUGCCGUGUGUCGUCCUUCUCCAAUCAGCCACCCCGUGUACUGAUAAUUGACACGUCGCCACCUUGGUGGUCAGAGACACGUUCCGUCGUGUGUGAGGCCCUUGAGAACUUCCUGUCUCUGGCAAGCAGUCUGGAGGGACCCAGUCGAGUACCUCUGCUCAGCCUCUACGCAGUAAACAUGCAGCAGGAGUGUCUGCUGCCAUUUGUGCAGGUGAAAGGGAAUCUUGUGCGUUUACACUCAUGUGUGGAGGAGCUGCGCUCUCUGCCUACAGAGGGCUGUACACGGCCACAGGUCGAGCUUCUUAAACAGGCAGUACUGGACAGCCUGCAGCAGUAUAAACACUACACCCGCCAUGCCAAUCUGGGGAACAACCUCCAUGGUGGCUCUGUAGAGGUGACUGUACUGAGCAGUACUGAGCCAGGCCAGGCUGUACUUGGGAAGCUGGAAAAGGGCCUGAAGGACUCUGACCUGGUCAGUCUGCGACGGCUGGUGGUCGUCCACAUUGCUGUAGAACAGAACCUUCCAGACAGAGAGCAAGCCUGGAGCCCAGAGUCCUGCUCUACAGAGAUUAUUGAGAAGACAGACGAUGAUCUGAUGCUAGGGGCCGAGAUGGACUUGCAGCUAGUGGAGAACAGCGUCAUCGCUGUGGAGAACAUUCUGAAGGCAUGGCUUCAUGACCAAACAGGACAAAGAGAGCACCUUCAGCUGCUGUUACCUGCAUCUGUACAAACAAACAGUCCAAAACCCAUUCCUGCUCACAGACCUGAUCUUGUGUGCAUAAAGUGCGACAUGCAGGAAAGGCUUGUGAGCCCAGCUCUUCUCCCCUUCACGCCUGACCUUGGAGCCCAAACUGAGAGCAUACGGGACUUCCCUCCAGCAAGCAAGAGCCCGUCUAAUCAGAACUCAGGGCCACAGCGACUCAGAGUCAUCAAAGCUCUGCGUGCAGAAGGAGUGUGUCAGUCUGUUCUGUACGGCCUUCCACUAGUCAUCAGACCUACAACUUGCUGGCAGCUGGACUGGGAAGAGAUGGAGAGCAACCAUCAGACCUUCCACGCUCUCUGCCACACACUCAGAACCCGUGACUGGUUUCUCUUAGUGCGUUCAGAGACUGAGUUUCGUUCUGCAUCCAGCGCAGUUUCCUACUACAUGCUCCAGUCUUCAGCCUCCCUCUCUCUCUUAUUAAAACCUGUCCUCACACGAGAAUUAAUGCUGCCCUGCAAUCUGCCUAGCUCAAACGAGGACCCACCACUCAACACACUCAAUAUGGUGGAGAGAUGUCUGGAGCAAGUGGAGACAGACCCUGCGUUUAACCCUCUUUGUCUGGGCUGUAAUCUCUACCCAUACCUGAGGAUGAGAGGCCUGCGCUCUCGCUCCUACUGCUCUCAGUCUCAGAGCCAAGCACGAGGCCAACGUCGAGACACAAACCGACCAGCAGAGGGCUCCACACCUCGGCAGUUGCAGCAAGGUCGUGUCAGAGCCAUGGUUGCUCCUCUGUCCUCUGCACCCCCAGUCAAGAUGUCCCGCCCCCCUCUGACCAUGAGCCGCUCACGACCUCAUGACCCCUCCCUUUGCUUAGCGGACGAUGACGUGGAUAACGAUCUUCUUAUGAUGAUGUGAGAGUGAGAGUGCAACAAUACUACCAGUACUACAAUCUGCCAUUCUGUGCAGACUGUUCUUUCAGUUUGUAUUUUUGGUUAGUGUAUGUUUAGACACAUAAACCUGACCUAUAAACUGACACACCACACCACAAUGCACUGCAAACCCAAGCUUAUAUUUUUAGGCCAGACAAAUUUCCAGUCAUAAACUGACCUGUUUUUUUAGUAUGUGCGGAAAUGCACUCUUCACAAAUGGCAUCACGAGAUAUAUUUGGAUACAAACAAACUAACUGACAGAAGAAGUUGAAGCCAAAUUCUAAAGCUAGAUAUUUGUAGUCAUUCACUAUUCAGUAAUCAACAUCAUUCAGUGCUUAGCAUGCAAAUAUAUCUCUAAGCCCAAUGGGGAAAAAUACAUGGACGUGUUGAGAAGUUGCCAUAUCAAAUGAGUUCUGCAGGCAAGACAGACUACUAAUAAUUCAAAACAAUUCCUAAACACCAAAAUUUGAAUCGAGUCAGUGAUUGGACAGGGUUUGUUUCACUCACUGGUCUCUAUUAGCUAUUAGAGGACAAUAUGGCAGCCUUACAGUGCAGCACACACCAGCUGUUUAUGCGUCUACAGCUGUUAAACAUUAGAGCAGAUAAAAUGCCUCAUUCUUCGCAAAAAGACUGGGGAAAAACCGAUAGACCCUGUUAAUGCACUUACUUUGGCCCUAGAUGGUCAGAACACAUAAAAUAAAUAAGUUUUGUUACUGAGACACUGACACUUGCAGUAGUUUUCACAGUGCAUAAUUAGUAUGACUCGAUUUUCAUUUGCUUUAACAGCAACUGUUAACAGAAAUUCUCAUAUAGAGUGUGAUGCUGAAAAAAAUAAAAUAAAGCAAAAAGACAUAAGAUGAAAUAAAUAAGAAGCAGCAUUUUCUGUAGCUGUCAGUAGCGCUAUAGGAGAGGUAUAGAAGAACACAUAAUGUUGUAGAAGCAUUGUGUUCUGCCAUGCACAACAACACACACACACA